AUGGCAGCUAGUGAUGCUGCCUUUGGACCUCCAAUAGAAGAAGGGUCUUCACAGUCUUCAACUAAGCAACCCUCGUCAAAAAGAGAGCAUCUGAAUUCAUCUGAGGAGGGCUCUUGCAAAGGCCAUGCCUCUAUAUGCCUUAGUUUUCUGAAGAAGCUCUGGGACGUUGUUGACAACGACCUGUUUGAGUCCAUUUGGUGGGGUGACAACGGAAAGUCUAUAGUGAUUCAUGAAGAAUUGUUUGAAGAGGAAGUACUGGCAAGGAAAGGACGUCUGAAAAUUUUUGAAAGUGAGAGCAUGAGAAGCUUCGCUCAUGAACUCCAUCUGCACGGAUUCACCCGAAAGCUGUGUGAUUUUCCGAAAUCGGGUUCGCGCAAGGACUUGCUAGUAGAAGAAAGACUUAGGGAG